GGCGUCUUCUUGACGCGUCAGACGCUUGGGCUCGAAUACCUCCCUGAUCAUAUUACUACGCAGGCGCCAGCUAGCUUUUUUUGCCAACUUCCCACCCACUUCUAUGCGGCUACUGGAAGCACACCCCGGGCUAAUGCGCAGGCGCCGUCCCUCCUUGCUCGUGGUUGGCUAUCUCGUUACGCAAGCCCGGGUAGCGGCGGGAGACUCCACGGUGUUUACCGCCGGAAGUUCGGCGGCCGUCACCAAAGAGUGCAAGUUCCGCUAGCUAGCUAGAGAGGCUUAUUUCCUUUUCGCCUGGGAGUGGUGGGCGGCCAUGUUAGGCCAAACCCACCGAGUUUAAGAACUGUACUAAACCCGCCGGGCUCGGAGAAAGGAGAAGGCGUGUUUUAGGGCCGUCUUUACUUGCCGGUGGAGCUAGCGCUCCGGAACAGCGCGAAAUACGAGCGGGGCACGGUCCUUUUUGAACCUAAGGCUUUUUUCUUUUUGCCUCAGAAGAGUUUUGCAUUAUUGCUUACAGGCUGGACGAACUCACAUUUAUUGAUAAACGUUGGGAGGAAAAAUAAAGUGGGUGGUCAGGUUGAGCAGAAUGUAAUGUAUUUAGGCUGCCUAAGCAUUUCUCCUUCCUUUUCCCUUCUCCUAGCUGAGGAAACAUUUCAGUUUUGGAGGUAGCAACUCGAUAUCAUGGCCGGCAGCCCUAGUGAAGAUGCAGAAGGAAGCAGAAUCACUUAUGUAAAAGGAGACCUUUUUGCAUGCCCCAAAACAGACUCUUUGGCCCACUGUAUCAGUGAGGAUUGUCGAAUGGGUGCUGGGAUAGCUGUACUCUUUAAGAAGAAAUUUGGAGGGGUGCAGGAACUGGUAAAUCAACAAAAGAAAUCUGGAGAAGUGGCUGUUCUGGAAAGAGAUGGGCGAUAUAUAUAUUACUUGAUUACAAAGAAAAGGGCUUCACACAAGCCAACUUAUGAAAACUUACAGAAGAGUUUAGAGGCCAUGAAGUCCCACUGUCUGAAGAAUGGAGUCACGGAUCUGUCCAUGCCCAGGAUUGGGUGUGGUCUUGAUCGUCUGAAAUGGGAAAAUGUAUCUGCAAUAAUUGAAGAGGUGUUUGACGAAACAGACAUCAGAGUCACUGUGUAUACACUCUGAACAGAUGAGCAUUUUGGAUGUGUCUGCGUUUUCCUGUAUCAUCCCUACUGGGCUAUACGACUGGGCAAAAUGACCUUAAAAAUUGUCAGAGGAAAGUUUCAUGUCAAGUUGUCUGUGUCACAGGCCAUGGUUAAAGUUUCCAUAUUUCCAUGAUUGGACUGGUACUCUGGAGGAGAGAUUGCUUGGGAAAUGUUGCUGUGAUUUUUCUCUUUUCUUUUUUUUUCUUUUUAGGAAGGUAGGUAAUAAAUAGCCUGAUAAGAGUUGGGGAACAAGAUGUUCGGCCAGAGGACCCCUUUUUGUUCCAGGAUGCUACCUGAUUUGUUUGGCUUGUCACUAGGUGGCAGCAUUGAUUCUACUCUACUGUUUUCAGAGAAAUUUCAGGAAGGAUGAACAUUUCAGUUAAUUUUGCAUCUUUUGGCAUUUGUGCAUUUACUUAGUGUUAUCUUUAUGUCAUCAGAUUUAUCCUAGGAGAGAAUUUUGAGGGGUUUUUUUGUUUGUUUAAAUUACAAAAGCAGACUGCUUCAACAUUGUUAAGGAAUUUGUAGAGACCCCCAAAAAUUGGAAAAUAAAUAUUUUUUCUUGGGUUACAAUGAGGUUCUGUGCACAUGUCUGACUUGUUCUGGACUUGGAUAAUGGAGAAUUCACCUAUAACUUAAUUUGGAAAAGUCGGAGAGGGGGGUGCAGAGGGAAGAGCGGCCAGGUGAGAAGAAUGGACAGCAUCGAUGGGUCAACAUACUGAAAAGGCAGGUUUUUAGAAUAUCCUCAUGGUAAACUCUUCUGUCCACUACGUAGUGUCUGUGAUUGAACCUGUCUGAAUUUAAUCAUGAAACAAAUAAUACGCGUUAAUGCCUUGCAAAGUGCUUAGUGCAGAGAUGACUCAUUUCUCAACGAAAUCCAUAUGCAUCUUC